AAAAAAGGGCAAAUCAAACCGAACAUUUCACAGAGCAGAGAGAGCAGCAAGUAGAGAGAGUAAUGACCGAAGCAUUGACGCGAGACUAUCGAAUCUGCGAGGAGAUCGGACGCGGCCGCUUCGGCGUCGUCCGCCGCUGCGAGCCCCUCGAUCCCUCCGCCGCUCCCUCCUCCCUCGCCGUCAAGUCCAUCGACAAGUCCGCCGUCUCCGGCGACGACCUCGACUCCCACUGCCUCCUCACGGAGCCCAAGGUCCUCUCCCUCCUCUCCCCCCACCCGAACCUCCUCCGCUUCCAUAGUGCCUACGAGGACUCCUCCCACCUCCACCUUGUCCUCGACCUCUGCGACUCCCCCGACCUCCACCGCGCCGUCGCCUCCACCGGCUCCCUCCCGGAGCUCGACGCCGCCCGGAUCCUGGCCCAGCUGAUGAGCGCCGUCGCCCACUGCCACCGCCACGGCGUUAUCCACCGGGACAUCAAGCCCGACAACAUACUCUUCGACUCCCGGGGGCGGUUGAGGCUCGCCGACUUCGGCUCCGCCGAGGUGAUCGGCGGAGACCAGGCGGCGGCGGCGGCGCUGAGGGGGUUGGUGGGCACGCCGUACUACGUGGCGCCGGAGGUGGUGGCGGGGAAGGAGUACGGGGAUAAGGUGGACGUGUGGAGUGCGGGGGUGGUGCUGUACGUGAUGCUGGCUGGGUUCCCGCCGUUCACCGGGGAGAGCGCUGCAGAGAUAUUCGGGGCGGUCCUGAGGGCGAACCUGAGGUUCCCGCCACGGGUGUUCCGGACGGUGUCGCCGGCGGCGAAGGAUCUGCUCAAGAAGAUGCUGUGCAGGGACGCUUCCCGAAGGCUCUCUGCCGAUCAAGUCCUCAGUCAUCCAUGGGUGACCAGCUACGGAGGAGCAGAAGCGACGGAUCCCGUCUUAACUCAAGACUUCCACCGUGUAUAGGUGCAAAGCCACGUCGAGUUUCAGGGAAGCUUUUUGGCGACUUUGUUAGAUGAUUUUUCCUGAAGCAACCGAGAUUUCGCUUCAUCUGAGCGGGUUGAACGAGGAUGUGAAACUACGGGAUCUAAUUUCGUUCGGUUCUUGUUUUCUGUGACCGGGUCGUUUUGGAUAUUCCGAGGAUACGGAGAGAUAUGCAGUUAAAAGAUUGCGACAACGUUUGCGCUCUGUCCCUGUUGAAAUCCCAUGAUCAAUCCCCCUCUCGGCCUCUCCGAUCCAAUCCAUAAACACAUGAUUAAUAAUAAUUAAUAUCCGUUUUGCUUUGGAUGUUAAUUAAGUUUUUCUUUGAUGGUCUUUCUAAAAAUGUCCGUAUUUUUUUUUUCCCAUUUUGGAUGCAAGAUAAAUGCUUUUUACCUGCCGGUUGUUUGGUUUGGGCAGUGGGACGAAGACAAAAGAUGGGACCUUUGCAGGCUCCGUACAACUACUCCGUAGUUAUCACCAUCACGACCUUCCUUUCCCCGGGAAA